ACCGGACAAAAAUUCCGCUAUGGGGAGAAGUUCGCCUGUGGGAACAUGGCGCACGCAGUCUGGAUUAACUUUCACUCAGAGAAACUUUGGAGCGCCGCUGCAUAGCACACAAGCCUCUCACUCUCAAAUUAUUGGUAACUAAUACCGCUGGAUAACCUACAGUGGACUUGUACCCUGGCUUUGGAUGACUGUUUUUCUCUAUCUCUCUGCUGCUGCUGCUGCGGGAUGAAAGUUUAGAGCUCCAGUCGCCGGAUUUAGCAGAGAUGGAAAAGCCAAGAACGAGGAAAGAGAAGUUCUCUCUUUUUGGUUCUCGCUGCACCAGCAGGACCACCAACCCUUCUUCUUCAUCGACUUCUUCUCCUGCACCUGUGAUACUUUCAGCCCAGAUGGUAAAAAGAGCCGAUCGACUCUCUGGCACUGGACCCCCAGCCCUUAGCAAAGCUGAAUUUCUCGAGCGGGUGCGUCGCAGUAAUCAGGCCUGCCAGCAGGGGGAAUUUGAGCUGGCUGUUCGCCUUUACAGUGAAGCCCUGACUGCCGAUCCCCAAAACUGCAUUUUGUACAGUAACCGCUCUGCAGCAUAUCUGAGACUGGGCCAGUAUAGCACCGCGUUGGAUGAUGCAAUCAAAGCACGACUCAUCAACCCCAAAUGGCCCAAGGCUUACUUUCGUCAGGGUGUUGCCCUACAGUACUUGGGUCGUCAUGCCGAUGCCCUGGCAGCGUUUGCUUCUGGCCUCGCCCAAGACCCCAAGAGUCUCCAGCUGCUUGUUGGUAUGGUGGAGGCUGCCAUGAAAUCGCCUCUAAGAGACACACUUGAGCCCACCUACCAGCAGCUGCAGAAGAUGAAGCUAGACAAGAGCCCAUUUGUGGUUGUCUCCGUCAUCGGCCAGGAGCUACUGACACAUGGUUUCCAUGGAGCCUCAGCUGUAGUUCUGGAGGCGGGGCUGAAGAUUGGCACGUGCUCACUAAAGCUGCGUGGAUCCGUCUACUCUGCCCUUAGUUCUGCAUACUGGUCUUUAGGUAAUAUAGAGAAGAGUAUGACCUACAUGCAACAGGACCUGGAGGUGACCAAGACUUUAGGUGACCAGUCAGGGGAAUGUCGAGCUCAUGGGAACCUCGGCUCUGCCCUUUUCACCAAAAGCAAUUACAGAGAAGCACUGGCCAAUCACAGAAACCAGCUAGUACUGGCCAUGAAGCUCAAGGACAGAGAAGCUGCAUCUAGUGCUCUAAGCAGUCUGGGUCAUGUGUACACAGCUAUUGGCGACUACCCUAAUGCACUUGCCAGCCAUAAACAGUGCGUGCUGCUGGCACGGCAAAGUCAGUGCAGGCUUUCCGAGGCUCGCCAGCUAGGCAACAUGGGUGCUGUGUACACUGCGCUGGGAGACUUCACCAAUGCUGUCCAAUGCCAUGAGCAGCAUCUGGACAUUGCAAAGAGUCUGGAGAACCGACGUGAGGAGGCACGAGCGUACAGCAACCUGGGGAGCGCUUACCACUCCCAGCGGGACUUUGACAAGGCCAUAUCGUACCAUACAAUUGUGCUGGAGUUGGCCCAAGAGCUGGCCGACAGAGCAAUUGAGAUGAGGGCAUAUGCUGGUCUGGGGCACGCUGCCCGAUGCAUGCAGGACUUGGAGAGGGCUCGUCAGCACCACCAAAACCAGCUAGAAAUUGCUCAGGAACUGCAAGACAGAGCAGCACAGGGCAGAGCCUCAUCCAACUUGGGCAUCAUACACCAGAUGAAGGGAGAGUAUGAGACUGCGCUAAAGUUCCACAAAGCCCACCUGUCCUUCGUCCAAGAACUUUGUGAUUACGCUGCCCAGGGGAGGGCCUAUGGCAACAUGGGCAAUGCCUACCACGCACUUGGCAUGUACGACCAAGCAGUCCAGUACCACAGACAAGAGCUGCAGAUCUCUCUGGAGGUGAACGAUCGUCCAUCUCAGGCAUCCACGCACGGUAACCUUGCUGUGGCCUACCAAGCGCUGGGUGCUCACGACCGAGCUCUCCAGCACUACCUGCACCACCUGACCAUUGCACGAGAGAUGCGAGACACUCAAAGUGAAGCAAGAGCCUUAGCAAACUUGGGUAACUUCCACAGCUGGAGAGGUGAAUAUGCUCAGGCCUUGCCCUACUACCAACAGUACCUGGUUUUGGCGCCAGGUUUGCAGGACUUGGAAGCAGAAGGCAAAGUUUGCCAUAACCUAGGUUAUGCUCACUACUGUCUUGGACAGUACAGAGAUGCGGUCAGGUAUUAUGAACAGGAUUUGGCCCUGGCUAAGGAUCUCCAGGACAAAUUAGCACAGGCAAAAGCCUACUGCAACCUUGGUCUGGCCCACAAAGCACUGGGGGAGUACAACAAAGCAGAGGAAUGUCAGAGAUAUCUGCUCUCUUUAGCACAAGCCCUGGACAACACACAGGCAGUUUUCAGGGCCUUUGGGAAUCUUGGUGAUGUGUGCGUGUGCCGGGGUGAUUUUCCAGGAGCUGUGAAGUUCUACCAGCAGCAAUUAACCUUGGCUCAGAAGGUCAACGAUCAGAAAAUGGAGGCUGACGCCUAUUCAGCACUUGGUUCAGUUCACAGACUUCUCCGCCAGCUGGAUACGGCCUUGUCGUUCCACAGCCAGGAGUUGACCAUCCGAAAGGAUCUAGGUGAUCAGCAGGGGGAGUGCCGUGCUCUUGGCCACCUAGCAGCUGUUCAUAUGGCCUUGGGAGAAUAUGCUACAACCUUCCAGUGUUAUGAGACCCAGCUGGGCCUGGCACAGGGGCUCAGGGAUGCCCGUUUGGAGGCACAGGUCCAUGGAAACAUGGGCAUCACCAAGAUAAACAUGGGAUUGUUUGAGGAAGCUAUUGGUUAUUUUGAGCAGCAGCUGGCCAUGCUGCAGCAGCUAAGUGGAACUGAGAGCAUGCUAGACAGAGGCAGGGCCUAUGGGAACCUGGCCGACUGCUAUGAUGUUUUGGGAGAUUAUGAGGAGGCUAUACAGUAUUAUGAGAAGUACCUGACAGUGGCUCAGAGUCUCAAUCAUGUCCAGGACCAAGAGAAAGCCUACAGAGGACUUGGCAAUGCGCACAGGUCCAUGGGUAGUCUCCAGCAAGCACUGGUGUGUUUUGAGAAGAGGUUGGUAGUAGCUCAUGAGCUAGGUGGUGAAGGAGGAGGUAAGGCUCAGGCUUAUGGGGAGCUGGGCACCUUACAUAGCCAGCUGGGCAACUAUGAGCAGGCCCUCUCUUGUCUGGAGCACCAGCUUAACAUUGCACGCAUAGCAGGGGAUAAAUCCCUGGAGGCAGAGGCAAGCAAUGCACUUGGAGGUGUCUAUCAGUUGAUGGCAGACAACGAGACAGCUCUACAGUGGCACCAAAGGGCUUUGGAAAUAGCAGAACAGACUGGAUGUGUCAGGGGCCAGGGUCGAGCCUACGGCAACUUGGGACUGACCUACGAAGCUCUAGGGAAGUACGAACGGGCAGUAGUCUUCCAGGAGCAACACCUGAGUGUUGCAGCACAGACCAAUGACCUGAUAGCAAAGACUAUGGCCUAUGGAAGCCUGGGAAGGACACAUCAUGCACUGCAAAACUACGCGCAGGCUGUAAUGUACCUACAGGAGGGUCUGCGUCUGGCAGAGCAGUUAGGUCGGAGAGAAGAUGAAGCAAAGAUACGCCAUCGCCUGGGCCUGUCUCUUUGGGCCAGUGGAAACCUGGAGGAAUCACAGCACCAGUUAUACAAAGCAUCUAUACUAUUUGAGGCAAUUCGUCAUGAGAUGCAGCACAGUAUGGAUUACAAGCUCUCCCUGUUUGAUCUGCAAACCAGUUCGUACCAGGCUCUCCAGAGAGUCCUCGUCAGCUUAGGCCGGCACGAUGAGGCACUAGCUAUAGCUGAGCGAGGGCGCACACGUGCCUUUGCUGAUCUCCUAGUGGAACGCCAGAAAGGAAGUCAGCAAGCAGCAAGCACUGACCCUUACAUCCCGGUCACCAUAGAACACAUCCUGGAAACAGUCAACAGUCAGAGGGCCAUGGUUCUCUACUAUUCUCUGGCAGAAGGCUUUCUGUACAGCUGGCUAAUAUCUCCAGGCACAGGUAUCGUGAAGUUUAAUGAGGUGUAUCUUGGAGAAGCAGGACUGGAGGUGUCUGAGUUCCAGGAUGGUAGUGGGAGCCCACAAAGUGGAGGAGGAGCUGUUGGAGGUUCCUUUUCUCUGGAGCAAUACAUCCACAAUGCUAGAGAGGCUCUGGGAGUGGAUAGUCAUUAUAGCAGAGUCUGCUCCAGUAGUGAGACAGAGAGUGAAGCUGGAGAUCUGUUGGAGCAGCAGUUUGAAGAGCUGAACAAAAAACUCAUCUCUGCCACAGACCCUACAGGCUAUCUCCACAUGGUGUCCAGAAACAACCUCUUCAACAGAAGCUGUCAGAGCAUGACGAGUCUGUACAGUACCACAGUAUCUCCGGUAAAGGACAGCUUAUCUUCUCCCGUCUUCAGACCAAGUAACACUGGCAAACCUCCUCUGCGGGCCCUUUAUGACUUGCUCAUAGCGCCAAUGGAAGGGGGCCUGAUGCACAGUAGUGGACCCGUGGGUAGACACAGACAACUUGUGUUAGUUCUGGAAGGAGAAUUAUACCUAAUUCCAUUUGCCUUGCUCAAAGGCAGCUCCUCUAAUGAGUACCUGUAUGAAAGGUUCAGUCUAAUUUCUGUACCUUCUUUAGCCAGCCUGGGAGCAACAAUAAAGCCUCUUGCUCGACGCAGUGGACACUUAUUUUGCCCAGAUGGAGGCUCAAUGGCUGCAGUGGUCGGUGCACCUCAUUUGCCACCGAGUGUCAUGGACCGUUGGCUAUGGGGGCCCUUACCCUCAGCCCAAGAGGAAGCCCUGUGGCUGGGAGAACAGCUGGGAUGUCAUCCCCUAACGGGAGCCAAUGCCACAAAGGAUCGUGUUUUAGCAGCUCUGAGUCAGGCAGAGUGUGUUCACUUUGCCACACAUAUAUCUUGGAAGCUUGCAGCUUUGGUCCUUGCCCCUAGUCAAGAGCAUGCUGGAGGAGAUGGGGAAGGUGGCCAACCAAAGGAGAAAUCGCCCCACAGGACGUCAGUGUCAGGCAAAGCAGCAGAUCAGGGUGGAAAAGUGAAGGGUUUGUUUUCAAAGACCAGCCCAGAGAGACUCAGAGGAGCAGAUGAAAGGAGUGAGGAUGGUGAAAGUGUGUGUGAGGUAGAGAGUAUCUGUGAUAGUCCACCACUUCAAGAUUUCCUUCUUACUGCUGCUGAUAUACUGGACCUUUGCCUGACUGUCAAACUGGUGGUCCUGAGGUUGUACCCAGAGUCUGGCAGCAAGGUAACAGCAGAUGGAGUGGUGGGGUUGACUCGAGCGUUCUUGGCUGCAGGGGUCCAGUGUGUGUGUGUCUCUUUGUGGCCUGUGCCAGUAGCUGCCUCUAAACUGUUCACACACACCUUCUACACAGCUCUUCACAAUGGGACCAAAGCCAGUGCAGCUCUGACUGAAGCCAUGAAGACACUGCAGAGCAGCAAGCACUUCUCACACCCCUCCAACUGGGCUGGUUACAUGCUGAUUGGCAAUGAUGUAAAGCUGAACAGUCCCAUGUCACUGGUUGGCCAAGCCCUGGUAGAGAUCCUUCAGUACCCAGAGAGGGCCAGGGAUGCCCUCAGAGUGUUGUUACACUUGGUUGAGAAAUCUCUACAGCGCAUUCAGAGUGGCCAGUGUAACCCAAUGUACACAUCGCAGCAAAGUGUGGAGAAUAAGGUCGGCGGAGUGCCUGGGUGGCAGGCCCUUCUCUCUGCAGUGGGUUUUCGGUUGGACUUCUCUGGUAGUGGUGCUGGACUCCCUGCAGCAGUUUUUUUUCCUACCUCAGAUCCUGGGGAUCGACUGCAGCAGUGCAGUACCACUCUACAGUCACUGCUUGGUCUUACUCCUCCAGCCUUACAGGCACUCUGUAAGCUGGUCACAGCAUCUGAGGCUGGAGAACAGCUCAUUCAUAAGCUUCACCAAGUGUUGGUUCAGUUGCAGUCAGGCGACAAAGAGCAAGACUUUCCACUGGCUCCCAUUCAAGUGUCAAUUAGUGUGCAGCUCUGGAGGCUGCCAGGCUGCCACGAGUUCCUGGCUGCACUGGGCUUUGAUCUUUGUGAAGUUGGUCAGGAGGAAGUGGUGCUGAAGACUGGAAAACAGGCCAGCAGACGCAUCAUGCAUUUUGCCCUUCAGUCUCUUCUAGCGCUGUUUGACUCAACAGAGCUUCCCAAGAGACUUAGCAUGGACAGUUCUUCCUCCCUGGAGUCUCUGUCCUCCUCCCAGUCAGCCUCCCAGCCACACUCUUUACCCCUUUCCUUAGGUUGCUACCCACCUCAACCCUCGAUUUUGCCCCCCGUGUGCCCUGACAGCCUUUCCUGCGAUGCCAUCUCAGUGUACAGCCUCAGCUCCCUUGCCUCAUCUCUCAGUUUCCUGUCUAGACCUGAGCCUGCAGGAAGUGACAUUAUCAGCCAGCGCUCACAUCAACAGCCAGAGAAGCCUUGUCAAGGCGCAGGCCUCUACACCCAUUCAGGUGGUGUAUCAAGAGGUCGAUUGACCAGUAAUGGAGGAGUAUUAUCAGGAGAAGGAGAGGACGAGGAGUAUGAGGGGUACUCCAUUAUAAGCAGUGAGCCGUUAGGUCGAGGAGGAAGAGAGUGUGACACUCUGCCUCUACCUGCAGGACAUAGAUUUGGCAGUGUUGGUGCUGGGAGAGCAUCUGCCGGGGGGCAUGGGUAUCCUCUAACAGUUUCCUCAAAGGGAAGCAUCAGCACACCUACAUCUCCAAUAAAAGCUCCAACGCUGCCACUAACAGUUCAGAAUAACCCCAAAGUCAAGAAGGAAAUCUCAACUCCUCAGCGGAAAGGAAAAGUCAGCAGCUCUGAGUCAGACCAGUCGAGCACUGAGACAGAUAGCACAGUGAAAUCCCAAGAGGAAAGGACAGGACCUGCAGGACAACUGGAUCCCCAGGAGCUGGCCCAGAAGAUCCUGGAGGAGACUGAGAGCCACAUGCAAGCUGUGGAGAGCCUGCAGAAAGCAAACCUUAGAGGAAAGACACUGAAGGGAGCUGAGGGCAGAGAUGAGUCUCUAUGCAGACAGAAAUCUUUGUCCACUCCAACAACCCCAACUUUGACUCCUACAAAUGGAGCCCGAGGGUUUCAGCCCUCUGAGACCAGUGCAUUUAGCCGACCGCCAAGUAGGGCAAGUCUAAAGUCUCCUCUCUCACUCUCUAGUCAUCUUUCACCGCUCUCUACCUCUGUCUCAAUCCCUCCUCCAACUCGGCCUAAACCACCAUCCCGCUCCUCAUCACUGCAGAAAAUCAGUUCAGGCUACAGCAGCCAAGCUCAUUCAUCCCCUUCUUUAUCUCUCUCUGUAAAAGAUCAGGGUUCACCUCUCCCUACAGUCUCCCCAGAUGUGCACAUACAGGCUCAGCUCAAACUGAAAUACCCCAGCUCGCCUUACACUGCCCACAUCUCACCUUCACGCUCUCCUGCUGACAGUACUCCAUCCCCAGCCCUUUCCUAUUCCUCCGCAGGAUCUGUUUCAGCCUCUUCUAGCCCAGCAGUCACCCCUAAGCUGCACCAAUCCAAACAGGAUAGCAAAAUCCAGGCAAUCCACAAUUUAAAAACCUACUGGGCCAACGCCAGCCAAAAACCCAACAUGCCAUGUCCGGGCAGCUUACUCCGAGGUGAGAAUAAAAAAAUGAGUACAGUUCAGAAAGAUGUUUUGGGUUUGCUGAAUCUCUCACCUAGACAUGAGUCUAUCAGGAAAAAUGUAGCGGAACCUGUGGACCACAACACUGAUGACAGACCAAAUGCUCACCCAAAACUGGAGGCUAAACCACCCCCAUCUCCAUCUGGCCUUCUCACACAUUCUAAAGGAGGUGUCAGACUUCCCUCUGGGAACGGCUACAAGUUUCUCUCACCUGGACACUUUUUUCCAUCUUCUAAAUGUUGAGAGUUUGGAUAUUUAAAGUCCUGAACGCAGAUUUAGGAGAUCAAUCUUCUGGUUAAUAUCUAAAGGUGAUUUUACGUUACUUUUUUGUGAAGGGAUGUAAGUGUUUUUGAAUGUGAUGACUGUGCCUUCUUCUGGAGAGAAAUGGAAGGGCAUAAUAACUAAGAGAAGUGUUGAAUCUCUAGCUUUAAUUUUGUUUUUAUGACUGACUAGAGGGCAUGUGUCUCAAUGCCUCCAUGUACACUGAAAAGAAAUUUUUUUAACCUGCAGUCUGCUUAUUGAAUGAACAUUUUACAUCAGCCUAAAUGCUUGCUUUCUUUGUACUGGCCUGGAUUCAAUCUUGAGUUAUUGUGUAAUAAUUAAUGUUUAAUGUCAUUACUGUCGGUUACUGAUGUCAUUUAUUUUGAGUGUUUUCUAAUUAUUAUUAAUAUAAUCAUUACACAAUUUAUAAAUACAAUUAAAACAAUGAAGAAGUAAA